AUUGACAUGUCGAACAUGCAAGACGACCAGUACGUGGCCAACCUACUGAAGUUCUUCAACACUUGUCUGGAGUGCAUAUGCAAGAUGUCGGUUGGAAAAACCAAGCAUCUGGUCGUGAAAUCCUUUGCCGACACCAUGGGUGGUUACCUCAAUUCGUACGUGGGUCCGAUAACAAAGGUGGCGUUUUACGCCGGUAACAUAAAGUACUGCAACGUCAAACGGAUAUUCGAACUUAUUGCCGAGCUUAAGGACUUUUUGUACACAAAUGGUGCCGGCUGGGCCAAGCCCGUCGAGGUGGAGAUGUUCAUCAACGUCACGGCUAUCGUUGCACCGGCCAAGGACGCGUCGGCCUGUGACAAAUUAAUACUCGAUCCUGCAAGUAAAAAUUUGUCAUUACGAGAGUUUAAGUUCACUUUGCUUUUGCGUAUGCGAGUAGACAGUCGUCGCAAUCGUCAGGCAGCCUCGUUUGUGUUUUUACCGUACUUCGACAACGAUUUGGAACCCAACAGCAUAGCUUUGCCGUUCAAGGAUAACAACUUGUGGUCAUUGUUCGACGAAGAGUCAGUAGCCAUACUGUCUAAAUACUACGAAACAUGUCUACAGUGCAUACUAUCGAGGGAAGACCACAAGAGGACUCUCGCGGAUUUCAAAGGAGAUUUCCGCGACUGGCUACAACAAGUGGUUUACCCUCGUUUAAGCGAUGAAAAAUGGUACCCGGCUUUCGGCGGGGUGUUGAAGAUAAUCGCGUCUCUGAGAGACGACGAGAACAGGAUAACCACGGGUAAAAAACAUGCUUCAAAGCCAACAGACGACUCCUUGAGCACUUGGCAGCUGAUUCUCAUCACAGUUUCGACAGCAGCGCUCGUGUGGCUACUCGUAGGAUUAACCUUGGCUUGUUUCAAAUACCGCCAGAGGCACUCGUGCGACGCGCCCUCCCCCUGUGAAUCCCCGAGUUCUAAGUAA